AUUAAACAGGUGCGUCUUCAGGAAAAAACGGACUAUCCUCCAAAACGGCACUGCAAGUCGAAUAAACGCUCAGACGAUUCGCAUUCUUAUGAGGCCACAAUAAUGGCUAACGAUGUACAAAAGAAGAAGAAGAAGGUGAAGGUCGUCGGAGGAGGAGCAGGAGGGGAGAAGAAAGCAAAGAAAAGGGGCAAGAGGAGAGAGACUUACGCGAUGUACAUCUACAAAGUUUUGAAGCAGGUCCACCCCGACACUGGCAUCUCGAGCAAAGCCAUGAGCAUCAUGAACUCCUUCGUGAACGACCUCUUCGAGCGCAUCGCCACGGAGGCGUCGCGCCUGGCGCAGUACAACCAGCGCUCAACCAUCACCAGCCGGGAGGUGCAGACCGCCGUGAGGCUGCUGCUGCCCGGGGAGCUGGCAAAGCACGCCGUGUCCGAGGGGACCAAGGCGGUCACUAAAUACACCAGCUCCAAAUGAAACGCGCGGACUUUAUUUUACAUAUUUUGAUAUGUAGCCUCCUAAAAGAAGGGAACGUUAACCGGAUUUUUGUAUUUUGGUUUAAUUGUUUUGUUGGAAUAAAUUAAUGCACAUUCAUGUGUUGCUUUUGGUUGAUUCCGAGUCUACCGGAGUUCCAUCUACGAUCUACCGCCUCUAGGUGGAGGUGUAGGCUGCUAUUUUAGUUGACUAUCAUGGUGUCUGGAUUUAUGGAAACAUUUAGCCAUUGUUUUGGAAAUCGUUUUAACCGUUGACUUACUGAGAGAUCAGCAUUAUGAAAGUGCUUUCCUUAUCAAGAAGACCUUUAUGUUAGAUAAGAAGUUUCCAGAGAUUGUCAAGCCUAUAGUGAUCUGAAAUAAAUGAAACAACUAUAUUUUGAUUC